GUUAAAUGUGUAAAAUAAUAACAAAAUGGCUGCUACAACUGGUGUCUAGUGUUCUGAGCAUUUUCAGAAAUGCAUUCAGUGCGUGAUUGGUGUGAGUGCUGACAGGAGUUCCCAGUAAAUUGGAGAUAAAAACAGUUUUUUUACUCAAAAUAAAGUAAUAGUGGUGAUCAAGAUUAUUUCCCUCGGAUCAGUACCAGGAGCUGCUGUCGUGUUAUCGUGCAACCGAACAAUUAAAUUAUUUUCUAAUUUAAUUAAAUAAUAUAUUGGAAAAAAUGGCCGAGAGUAAGAGUGCGUUAAUCGCAAAGACAGUGCAAAAACAUGCCGGCAGGGCUAAAGAGAAGUUUCUUCAGAAUUUGGGAAAAGUCGACAGAACUGCAGAUGAAAUUUUCGACGAGCACCUGCAGAACUUCACAAGACAACAAAGCGCUGCGAAUAAACUCCAGAAGGAAUUCAACAACUACAUAAGAUGUGUUCGCUCUGUACAAACAGCAUCAAAGACGCUUAUGGAUACACUCAAUGAGGUUUAUGACAGCCAAUGGACUGGACAUGAUCUUUUAUACGUUCAAGCACAGAAUUUGGAUAUGCUGUGGCAAGAUUUUACUCAUAAAUUGGCGGAUCAAGUACUCGUACCACUCAACACAUAUCAGAGCCAAUUUCCGGAGAUGAGAAAAAAAGUAGAUAAACGUGGACGUAAACUUGUGGAUUACGACAGUCAGAGGCACAGUUUUCAGUCAUUACAGUGUAAUCCAAAGAAAAGGGAUGAAUUGAAGGUGUCGAAGGGAAAGGAAUUAUUGGAAGAGGCUAAACGAACGUAUGAGCAAUUGAAUUCAGAGUUGCACGACGAAUUGCCAGCACUUCAUGACUCUCGUGUUUUAUUCCUUGUUACUAAUCUACAGACUCUAUUCGCUGCUGAAAAUGUAUUUCAUGCAGAGAGUGCAAAGAUUUUCUCGGAAUUAGAAGCAAUCGUUGACAAAUUGGCUAAUGACAGUCAGAGAGGUUCUUACACAUUGAAGAAGAUUACCGAUUUGCCAUCACCAAAAUCACCGAACGCCAACUCAUCAUUGAUAAUCAACACGCAACCGACGCCCCAGAACAAUAUUUCAGCCGCUGAUGAAGAAUCGACUGUUGAGAGUGGAGAGACGUCGCCAACGACUCAGUUGAAUGGCAAUGCAAAUAGUAAUUCUAACAGCAAUGAUAACUCAAUCAAUAAUCAAUCCUCACCUCAGUCUGUGCAACCGGCUAAAAGAGUUGAGGAAUUGUACGACAUACCGACAGACGUGGAAUAUGAAAAUGGUACCAAUUUUUCCCUAGGAGCUACCACUGAAAAUUUGCCACCAGGUGUUCUGUACAGGGUGAAAGCCACUUAUAAAUACAAUCGUGAAGAUGCUGAUGAAUUAUCUUUUGAUGUUGGGGAGAUAAUACGAGUGGUGGAGUACGACGACCCUGAGGAGCAGCAGGAGGAGGGCUGGCUGAUGGGGGUGAAAGAGGGCACUAACGAGAAGGGAAUGUUCCCAGCGAAUUUUACAAAGCCCUUGUGAGCAGAAGUGCUCAAUUUGCCACUCACACUCCAAUGCUCACGAGAAUGAAAAAAUGAAAAAAUAAUAGCGAUUGAACAUAAGAGAAAUUAUUGAAACAACGUAUUUUACUAAUAAAUAAAAAACAAAACACUAGGUAAGAGAGGUAAAUUUUUAUGCGAAAAGAAAAAGUAAUUAGUCAUCUGACGUACAAAAAAUAAAUCGAUAUAUCGUAAAAGAAAUUUUCACUCGUCAUCUGACGAGGGAAUACUAAAUUAAAAUGAUAAAUUGAUGGGAGAUAAAGAAUAGUUGAGUGAUUAUAAAAUAUUCUUAUAAUUAGAUGACGUAUUUUUACUUGAAAAAUUGAAAAUUUCGUUUUGUCAUUGUAAUGACGGUGUAUUAAAUUCGCGAAAUAUUUUAUUCUACGUUAUCAGAUAAAAUAUCUGUUUGGCGGAUGGGAACAAAUAUUUCUUUACCAAUUUCAUUAAUUUGACGACGAUGAGAAGGAUUUAAAAAAAAUAUAUGUAAUGAUAUUUUAUGAUGGCUAAUGCUGGAUGGUACUGCGGAUAAAUUAAUCAACCCAAUGUGCCUUAACCCAGCCACACUGUCUGUGCCAAUCGACACUCACUGCUUGUAAAAUGUUACAUCUUUAUUUCUUCUCAUAUCAAAAGACAUUUAAUAAUUAUCGUAUACAAA